AUGGCCCGCCUCGUCUGGCAUCUCUCCCGGAAAGGUCCGGACAUAAAUGAUGCCCAGCACGGCUUCAGCGUGGGCCGCUCCACGGUGGACGCAAUCCUCCGUCUAGGGGCCUUCGCGGAAGCGGAGAUGGAAGAGGAGAGGGUAGUUGUGGCAACAUCGUUAGACAUAACGAAUGCCUUCAAUUCCCUCCCGUGGGACCGGGUGGAGAAGGCGAUGCGGACAGCCCUUCCCCCGGGCAGCACAGUCGUCUGCUAUGCGGACGACACGUUAGUGCUGUCCGGGGGCACCGACUGGGGGGAAGCGACGGCACUAGCCAACGUGGCCGUCGAAUGCGUCGUACGCUCUAUCCGGGCGCUGGGCCUGAGGGUGGCACCCAAUAAGACAGAAGCGUUGUUCUUGCACGGUCGGUUUGAGGGGCCACCCCCACAGGCCCACAUCAUGGUGGCAGAUACCCGCAUGAAAGUGGGGUCCAUGCUAAAAUCCCCGAGCCUCACCUUGGAUGGAACUUCGGGCUUUGUCGAACACUUCAAACGACUUAGCUUCAAGCUGGGCAGGAUAGCGGGCGCGCUGGCCUACCUUCUGCCCAAUUUCGGUGGUCCACGGACAUUGGUGAGACGGCUGUAUGCCAUCACGGUCCACUCCAUGGCCCUAUACGGGGCUCCGGUGUGGGCGGGUGAGAUGGGGGCCAAUCGACGCAUCAAGACGCUAGUCAAUAGCGCUCAGCGCGUCAUGGCCAACCGUCUCACUCGCGCUUAUCGGAUCGUGUCGCAUGCAGCUGUCACGGUCCUGGCCGGCAUGAUCCCUGCGGACCUCCUUGCUAGGGUAUACGCUGACACGUACACCCGCCUAAGGAGGCUCCGCCAAAAAGGGGAAGAUAUGUCGGCCGGCACCAUAGGGCGGAUCCGAGCCCUGGCUCGGCGUAGGGCCUUCCGGUACUGGAAGAGGCAACUUGGGGGGGCCCAACGUGCCGGGCAAGCGGACCAUCGAGGCCAUCCGCCCCUGUCUCCUCGAAUGGGCGGACAGGGGCCACGGCGAGUUAAGCUUCCACCUGACAGGUGCUCACCGGGCACGGCUGCUUCGGCGUGGGCUGCCGAGCGCGAUGUCCUGAUCGCAGUGGCGGGCAGGGACCUCUCGCUCCUCGCCGUAGUCCCAGCUAUGGUUGAGAGCAAAGAGGCGUGA